UGCCAUUAGCCGUAAAGGCUUUAAUCUAGACCUUCCUGUUUAUCUGUGCUAGGAACCCGUUGUUGCUGACUUUAGCAGCACGGACCUUCCUGCGCUAAAGGCUCGAUCUCGGGCUUCCAGAUUCCCGAGGCAGCCGUCGUACAUGUGAUAUCCUUGUUCAUUUUCUUUAAAUGCAGAAGGAAUAGAUAUUUUUGAAACGAAAUGGUACCGGACACUGUACGGUGGGCACUAGUGUGCCUUUGCGCCGUAAUAGGAUUUACCGAAGCUCAGCGAGCCGGGGCUCUCGAUCGUAAAUGCAGAAAGACUGACGACGGUGGUUUUUUUCUCCCUGAUGCCAACAAGCCUUGUUAUAAGUGCUUCUGUUACGGCGGAAAGGCUAAGUGUGAAUUUACCAAGUGUAAUGAAAAUCUAGAUUGUGAGGUACACGAGAGAGUUAUUCUGUUAGGGGAAUGCUGCCCGAUCUGCAAAAAAGAGCUGCAGUCCGAAGCAGAACGUGGUGAUAACGGAUUCGAUGAAGCGCCAAUGAACGUCGGCAACAUUGCCGGCGAUCAGAAAGCUGGACCUCAAUAUCCAGGACCUGUAGCGGGCGGAGGAGUUGGAGUUCCAGGACCUCGGGGACCAGUAGGACCCUCCGGUCCCCCUGGACCCCAGGGAUUUCCCGGCCCGCGUGGUGAAACCGGAGAAAGUGGACAACCAGGCUCACCAGGACCACGAGGAUUACCAGGACCCCCAGGACCGCCAGGUCUUGACGGUGAAGAAGGCUUGAUGGGAGAAACUGGACCACCGGGACCCACUGGUGCUCCUGGUGAUUCUGGCAGACCCGGGAUUCCAGGUAUGCCUGGACCAAAAGGACAUAGGGGAGCACUCGGACGACCAGGGCCUCGUGGAGAACAAGGAAGAACUGGAGAAAAGGGAGACGCUGGAUCAACUGGCGCACCAGGAGCACCCGGACCAAGUGGACCUAUAGGACAACCAGGAGAGCGUGGAAGAGAUGGAUCCCCGGGUUCACCUGGACUUGCUGGUGCUGAUGGAAAACCUGGUGAACGCGGACUACCAGGCAACAACGGAGCACCCGGAUCCCCAGGCUUCCCUGGUGCUUCUGGACCAAAGGGCGACAGCGGAGAGCCAGGCUCUCGUGGUUUAGUUGGUUUACCAGGACCUGACGGCCAGAAUGGUAGCCCGGGCCAACCAGGUGAGCCAGGACCACCAGGUGUAUCCGGUCAGGAUGGUGAACCCGGUGGCAAGGGAGAUACUGGAGCAGCUGGUGCCCAAGGAGCGACUGGUUUUCCAGGACCCCAGGGUCCACCUGGUCUUGCCGGAAGUGCUGGAGCACCUGGUGCUAAAGGGGAUGCUGGACAAGACGGAUUACCGGGACCGACAGGAGAACCAGGAUUGACCGGAUCUCCAGGAUUUCCAGGCGAGAGAGGAUUACCAGGUCUUUCAGGACAAUCAGGACAAAGGGGACCUGCAGGACCACAGGGGCCACCAGGACCACCUGGAAAUCAAGGAGAACCAGGACCCCCAGGCUUACAGGGUAUUUCUGGCCAGCCGGGUAACCCAGGAUUCCCGGGUCCAGGUGGAGAUCGCGGUCCAGAGGGAGAGAGAGGAUCCGAUGGAGCCCCGGGACCACCAGGCUUGAUGGGCCCGGUAGGAUCAACUGGACCAAGGGGCGUGUCUGGACCUUCAGGGAAUGACGGCCGACCAGGCCCAGCAGGUCCCCCAGGCCCAUCUGGAGAGGAUGGUAAAAAUGGCGAACAGGGAGCACAAGGAGCCCCAGGUUUACCUGGAAGUUCAGGAUUGCCAGGACCAAAGGGAGAACAGGGAGGACCAGGGCGACCAGGAGAGUCGGGACCAAUGGGUAACCCAGGACCACGUGGAGAGAGAGGAGUGCCCGGGGAAGUGGGACAAGAAGGACCAAUGGGACCUCCAGGUGCAUCGGGUGAGGUUGGAUCACCAGGUAUACAGGGAGAACCAGGCAUUGCAGGACCGAUAGGCCCACCGGGAGCCCCUGGUGAGAAUGGGAAAACAGGACCUAACGGAGAAUCUGGACCAGCUGGAGAGCCUGGAGUUCCUGGAGAAAGGGGAGCAACAGGAUUUCCAGGAGAGACUGGCAAGCCUGGGGCACGUGGUGCAACUGGUGAACGUGGACCCGCCGGACCUCCAGGAGAAGCAGGACCACCUGGACCUGAGGGAACCUUUGGACCUCGAGGCGAACCUGGACCACAGGGUCUUUCAGGUCUUCCAGGAGAAAGAGGUUUGCCAGGACCAGGCGGACCAAAGGGAAAUACGGGUAUGCCAGGUGAAAGAGGUAGGGACGGACAGCCAGGAGAAAUAGGUCAGUCAGGACCUCCGGGACCCCCAGGACAGGUCGGCCCUAUGUCUGUUAUAAUGCCCGAGAAAGGAGACCCAGGAGAGCCCGGCAUGCCUGGAGAACCAGGUCUACCUGGAGAAGGGGGUGUGAUGGGAUUUGCAGGGAGCGCUGGUGCAGUUGGCCCACCAGGACCAGCAGGACCACCAGGAUUCCCAGGAGAACCAGGUGAAGCAGGACCACAGGGCGUUCAGGGUAACCGCGGGCCAUCAGGAUACCCAGGAGAGCAAGGACCCAUAGGCAAUCCGGGACAACCUGGUAAGGAUGGACGUAAAGGAGGCCGUGGACCAGCUGGGCCUGUCGGUUUACAAGGCACACCAGGAACACCCGGACGAAUGGGAGUGCCAGGUGUAGAUGGCGAACCUGGAGCAAUGGGACCACCUGGAGCUACAGGAGCUCCUGGACAACAGGGAUCGAGAGGAGAAGUAGGGGCACCUGGAACUCCUGGUAAAGAUGGCACGCCUGGUCUUAAUGGACAAGAUGGAGCACCUGGUGACAGAGGAAACCCGGGACCACAGGGACUGACGGGAGCACUAGGUGUUCCUGGACCACAAGGUGAGCGUGGACCACCAGGCUACCCUGGACUUCAAGGCCAACAGGGACCACAGGGACCAGCGGGAGAACCUGGUAUGCCUGGAGAAUCAGGCCAAAGGGGUGAUGACGGUAAACCAGGAUUACCAGGCGCCCCUGGACCCAUGGGACUGACUGGUUUGCCGGGAGAACAGGGUUCACCAGGCAUGCCUGGUCAAGACGGUGCUCCUGGACCAGCUGGCCGACCAGGCGAAAGAGGUGAUCAAGGACAAAUAGGAACUCCAGGUCUUCAAGGCAACCCAGGACCUAUGGGACCACCAGGGCCCGCCGGCGCGGAAGGAAGCCAGGGAGAAAGAGGAGAAAGAGGAGAGCGCGGAUCACAAGGACCAAUGGGUGCCCCUGGAAGCCAAGGACCAUCGGGACCACCAGGUGCUACCGGUGAGAAGGGAGAUAAUGGGGCACGUGGAGCUAAGGGAGACAAGGGUUGGCCGGGCAUACCAGGGGCUCAGGGACCACCAGGACCCUCAGGACCAUCAGGUGAAAGCGGACGUCCAGGACCCCCCGGACCCCCUGGACAGCAGGGAUCUACAGGACCACGUGGUAUCAAUGGGAAGGACGGACCAAUGGGACCAACUGGUGCGCCGGGUCUUAGCGGACCAAGAGGACCUCAGGGACAAGACGGACAACAGGGACCAGCAGGUCCUCCCGGACCACCAGGACGACCAGGACCACCAGCUUAUGCACCAGUCAUGCCAAGGCAACCGUAUGCCAACACUUACAAGGGACCAGCCCCUGAUGAAUAUGGAUAUCAGUACGACCAGGCACAGGCCGACCAAGCACCAGAACCAGAUGAGGACAUGUUCGUCAAUCUGAACUACAUCUUAUAUGCCGUUGACUCCAUGCGCCGACCACUGGGUACCAAAACAGCCCCAGGAAGGUCCUGCGAUCACAUCCGUAGACACAGCAGUAUUCCUCUGGAAGAUGGUGAUUACUUCAUUGACCCAGGUUUUGGAGAUUUUGAACCAAUCAAGGUUAAGUGCAAAUUCCAUUUAGACUAUGCCGAGACUUGCAUCAAAAACAAAAACAAGUUUGAAGACAAAAGGUGGUUUGACCGCAACAUGUCGUCUGCCUGGUUUGUUGAACAUACGACAGGUGAUCAGCUCGAUUACAAAAUCAGGAGAAGUCAGUUGACUUUGUUGCAACGUCAAAAUGAUAUUGCCACUCAAGAAAUCACAUUCCGGUGUCACGGCCUGAGGACCAAUGGCUACCAGUUCUUUGCUAACGAUGAGAACCCAACAUAUAUCGAUACAUCAUCACCACGAUAUCUUAGCUCAACCAAAAUUGAAAAAUCCGAAGAUUGUGAUUAUAACAAGUGGGGCAAAUCUACAUACAAGAUAACCACCAAGAGACCAGGAAUUCUUCCAGUUACUGACUUCCUUGUUUAUGACGUUGGAGGCGAGGACCAACUAUUAGGAGUCGACGUAGGGGACGUCUGCUUCCGGCCUAAUGGUCGUUUUUAAUCAAACUGGCAGUGUAAUAAUCUUUUUUCUUCUUAUUUUUUUUUUUAUUUUAUGGACUAAUGUGCAAUGCUUAACUGCGAAUAAAUACAAUAAGGAAAGUAACGCUCAUGGUGCUUUGACUCAUUAACAGCAGUCGGACAGUAUUCCAAGUUGGACAGCAGUUUUUAUAAGAUAUUGAAAAAAAAAACAACAGUAUCUAUGUGUUUUUGGAAAUACAUGCGGUUGGUAAUAAAAUGAUUAGAUAUUGAAAGGACAUUUAAAAACAAUCAUUCAGUAACGAUUUACUUUCAAAAGACAAAGUGUUGAAAAUCGAAGGAUUCUGUGAAUGACGAGGGGUGUAUAAAAUUACCAUUUGACGGUGCGCGAUUGUUCAAAUGUGGGCACAACGACAUUUAUUAGUACGAUCUCGUGAAAAUGACGACGUAUGCCCACUUGUGAACAAAACUUAAAAAUCAUGGUGAAUUCUAGAUGCCUUUUAUAUGUUUAAAUAUAUAAAUUAAUAGUUGCGAAUUUGCCAAAUUCGAUAAUCCCGAAUAAAUCAUGGCACUUUUCACUUCGGUGGCUAUCAUUUUUGAGCAAAUUCAAUACAUAAGUGAUGUGAUAAAGGGUGCCUAGGAUAGAAGGGCACAUUAGCACUAAAGUCAUGGCAAAUUACAUCAGUUAAGUGCUAUUAAAGUUGUGAAAAAUGAAAUCAGGGCGAAUUGGUAGAUGCAACCAUGUUUAUAAUGCCCAAUCUAUUCCGUCCAUCUUUGUUUUUUUGUCUGUGUUUCAUGUAUUAAUACAUUUUUUUUGUAUUCUGUUUACAACUGUAUAUGUUUAAAUAGCUUAUGUGUUAUUUUUAUCACAAGUUCAUCUUUGUUUUUUUCUAUUUGUUUACUGGUGCAAUAAGAUUGUGCUGAUUCAUAGUUUUGUCUAGACUAUGUUUACAGAUUGGUCUACUUAAAACUGGGAGUGCAGAUAGGCCUGUUUCAAAGCAGUUGAUAUUAGUUUUGCUCAAAGCCUGGGAAAAAGAGCGAGAUGUAAUUUUAACAAUGUUAUGUUUUAAAAAGAGAAUGUUUAUAAAUGUCUUGAAUUACGCUAGAUAAGCAUUAUCUUACACGUUUUUACAACUUUCUUACAUGGGUUCUUUGACUUGAUGAAAAACAUCGGCUGUUUUCUAUCUAGAUAAAAAUCACGCGUUUCUUUGGCGCCGCGCUUAGAAAAAAAUGCUCGCUCAAUUUGAAACAGUUAAAAAACCAGGCAUUUGCAGUAAUAGAAUAUAAAGGCAACACAACAUGGCAGUUUCUGCCACUUAGUUAACGGCAGGUGGUCUGUAGAAAUGGUCCAGAUAACAUACAUUUCUAAUUUGUUUUUAUUAAGUGCCUAGAAUUUUGUGUGUUUCCAUUUGUGCAUUAUUGUUUGAAUUCAUUCCUAUGUAUAAGUCUGUUGCAUUGAGGCAAGAUCAUAUAUUGUGAUGAAAAGGAAUAGCAUACAUAUGAGUUUUUUUUGUGUCAUGCUAUCAUUUUAACAUUACGCUUUCAUCUAUUAACUGAAUGACAAAGCGGCUGCUUAGUGUUGUUUUAAACAUCUAAGCUAGUCGCCAAGUCAGUAUAUUCUUUUUUUCUAUUAUUUCAGGUUUUAUUUUUAACUGUUUUUCAGCAUUCAUGAUUCUUUGUUUUUUAUUCGUCCCAUCAUGCCUCAUUCUAGGUUGUUUUAAUUUGAUUCUGUUCAGUUUAAGUUUGCUGUGUAUGAAUGCGUGAGUGGAGCGGCGGUAUUUGCGUAAGCUGAUAUAAAAGUAAAAUAAAUCUUAUUUAAGUUAAAAA